AUGGCAUCCAAAUAUAUAUUGCCCUGUUUCCGCCUGAAGAGCAAUCGCACGAAAAAGGAAAAGGACAACGAGUGCCUGGCCUAUCGGAAUGAACUGGUCGAGGCGCUCGAUCGUACCAAAGGUAAGCUUGAGGCCAGCUGGAAGGCAUUGGACAAUAUCGUCUCCAAGCCGAUCUAUCAACGUUUGAGCGGACAACUCUACGAUGUGCUAUAUACGGGCGGCCUGCUAACCAGCGAUGGCAAACUGCCCACGCGCGGCGAUCUGAAGCUGCGAACCAGCUACUGUGUAUUCACGACACACGAUGAGCUCAAUGCGCUGCGUGUUUACGAGCAGCUGGUGAAGCGUUUGCGGUGUCGCCACAAGCAUCUGGAUGUGGCUUUUGAGUCGCAUGCCCAGCGUCUGUUAACGCUGCUCGGCGGCUUUGAGGAGGGCGCACGUCGGCGUCUGGCUCUCCUGAUGGCAUUGUAUCUGAUCGAUGGGCAAAUCAAUCCGCGAACGCUGCUUGCAUUGGGCCAGCAACAGGCGAGCAUUGACGAGGGUCUGGCCAUGGAAUUUAUGCUGGUGGUGUGCAGCACACUGAAGCGUGAACGUGGCGCCAAUUUCAUGCUGCAAAUGCUCAAGAAAUCUGGUCUGGAUGGCAAAAUAAUAAGCUUUAUGCCGCCAAUGCUACGCAGCGAUCUAUAUUUUCAGCAGGUCUAUCAGGAGAGCGAUUUGGAUGAGGUAAUUAAGCUGCACGAGACACGGGCCGGGCAGGAAUUGCGCAAACGUUUGCAACAGCGUCUGCUUGACGAUUUUCGCGAAAAGCUGCCCCAUGUGGAGGUGGUGCGAAAUGUGCGUGAAUUUCAGCGCGAGCAUCACAUGUCCGAUUCAGAAGUCAUCGGCAUUGUCUGGCAGACAAUCAAUAGUAAUGCCAGUUGCAGCAGCCCGGCCAAUUCCAGUCCGGAGCAGACCAUACGCAGGCUGCAAACAUAUGCACCACUGCUGAAUGCACUUUGCAGCACGGACAGCGCACAGAUUGCAUUGCUGAUGCGGCUGCAGGAAUGGUGUUAUGAGCACCAUGCGCUCUUCAAAUCCUUUGAACGUUUUGCGGUACAUCUGUAUCGGGCGGGCGUUAUCAAUGAGGAUGCCAUCGUACGCUGGUAUGAGGUGGAUCACAUUGAUAAGGGCAAGGUUGCGUUUCUGGAUCAGAUGCAUCGCUUUGUCCACUGGCUGCACAGCGAUAGCGAUGCGAAUGCCCGUGUCGAUUAUAAUACCUAUGUGACAAAUCGCCGACAGACACAGCAGCGCAGCAAGACCAUCUAUAGCGAUGUCAUCGGGCCGAGCCUAAAUGCCAAUAUCAACUUUGCCAAAUACUCAUAG